AUGGCCGCUCUCCGCUCUUCGUCCGCCCGUGUGCUCGCCGCUGCCUCCCGGCCGGCCUUCCGCCCCGUCGUCGCCGCCCGCGGCAUGGCCAACCUCGCCGACGGUGCUACUCACAGCAACCAUGCCUCUGAUGGCCAGAGCCCCAAGCUCAAGACCUUCCAGAUCUACCGCUGGAACCCCGACACCCCGACCGAGAAGCCGCGCAUGCAGAGCUACACCCUCGAUCUCAACAAGACCGGUCCCAUGGUCCUCGACGCCCUCGUCCGCAUCAAGAAUGAGCUCGACCCUACCCUUACCUUCCGCCGCUCGUGCCGUGAGGGUAUCUGCGGUUCCUGCGCCAUGAACAUCAACGGCACCAACACCCUCGCCUGCUUGUGCCGCAUUCCCGCCGACAACAGCGCUGAGAUGAAGAUCUACCCUCUUCCUCACACCUACGUCGUCAAGGAUCUCGUCCCCGAUCUUACCCUCUUCUACAAGCAGUACAAGUCCAUCAAGCCCUACCUCCAGAGGGACACUCCCUCCCCUGAUGGCAAGGAGUAUCGCCAGACCAAGGCCGACCGCAAGAAGCUUGACGGUCUCUACGAGUGCAUUCUCUGCGCCUGCUGCUCUACCUCGUGCCCCUCGUACUGGUGGAACUCCGAGGAGUACCUCGGCCCUGCCAUCCUCCUCCAGUCUUACCGCUGGCUCGCCGAUUCCCGUGAUGAGCGCCACGCCCAGCGCAAGGACGCCCUCAACAACUCCAUGAGCUUGUACCGCUGCCACACCAUUCUCAACUGCACCCGUACCUGCCCCAAGGGUCUCAACCCCGGUCUCGCCAUUGCCAACAUCAAGAAGGAGCUCGCCUUCUAA